AUAGUACUUUGCAGCGUUACUUAAUUGGGAGAAGAAAAGUAGAAAACCCCUACAAACCUGUCUUUCCCCUUCUAUUCUUUCUUUCUUUGUUUUGUUUCUUUUCCUUGCCCUUCAAAAUUCAACAUUGCAACUUCUAAACACCUCUCUACUACCAACACCACAUCAAAUCCAGAUGCAAAUCUCUUCAACUUCGGAUAGCUAUUCCCAUUGAGUGAAAAUUAAAAAACAAAAAAUAAGAAAAAUGGGUAAAUGGGAUCACCGUCGCCCGCGUAGGUUCUUUCGCCGCCAAAGAUCUCCGCUCCAUCCCUCCGUCUUCUACGACAUCAAUGCUCCGCUUCCUGACUUUUCGCAAGACGGUGUACCUUUAUGGGAGAAGAAAUACUGCACUUUGAUAGGAUCAGUGCCAUGGCAGAAGAUAGUUGAUUCAAAGUAUAGUAUCAACUGUCAUGGUAAUGUGCUCAAUUGGAAUGAUUCAGCUGCUGAAGAAGCAUUCCAUAAUGCCAAAAACCUUUACCGGGCAAGGAUGAACAACCUCCCCAGCGACAUUUCUCUGCCUGAUCCUAAUAUGUACGUUGAUCAAAUAGAUUGGAACCCGUACAUUGAUCCCAAACUGAUCAAGGAAGUGGAUAGUACUUACUUUCCUGUGCCUGGCGACGAAAAAGAGAGUUCUAACAAAAUCAAACGAACAAAAAUUUCAGUGGAUGAUGAAAAUGCUUGGGAUUGUGCUGGUGAUACUUCUUCUAGCAGAGCUUUUGAAAAUAGAGUGCAAGACAGCCAGGAGGAUUAUGAUGUUGAUGAUCCUGGAAAUGUGGAUAACACCGAAAAUCCUUGGGAGAGGAGCAUUCCUCAACGAAAUGGAGGGUUAAAUAACAAUGCAUGGGAAGGUGGCUGCGUUAAUUCUUCAAGUUGGAAUGAAAGGGACCCUAACAUUCACUCUGAGGUUUGGAAAUCUGGAUGUACUGCUUGGGGGAAUGACUGUAAGGGCUUUCUUUCACAGAAAGAUAAAGGAUGGGGUAAUGUUAGGGAUAAUUCAUGGUGUCAACAGAAAUCGGAUAAUUUGGUUGUCGGCAGCAACACUUGGAAUUGUAAAUCGAGUCAGCAGAAUGCAACUUCUGGGAGCACAGGAUGGGGUAAUGUUAGGGACAGUUCGUGGUGUCAACAGAAGUCAAAUAAUUUGUUUAACAGCGGCAAAUCUUGGAAUUGUAAAUCUAGUAAGCAGAACACAACUCCAGGGAGCACAAGAUGGUGUGAUGAUAGAGACAGUUCAUGGUGUCAACAGCAUUCAAAUAAUUUGGUUAACAAAGGAAACCCUGGGAGAAACAACAAUGCAAAUAUGCAAGGAUGGGAGCAAUGGGAAAAUUCUCUUGUUUCAAGUAAUUCACAAUUUAGACGAAACAAUGGAGGUACGACACCCUGGAAUCAGAGGUUUCAAAGGAAGGAAGGCUAUGAUCAACAAACUUUUGAUCAUAACGGCUCUCAGUUUCAGAGAGAUGAUCGCCAAACAGGUCAAUACUGGAGGAGGGAAAAUAGUAAAAAGAGGAAUUUUGCAUAUCACUAGGGAUUUUAGAACAUACUGUGCCUUGUAUUUUUUGUGAGCAACACAUUUUUUGUUACACUUAUAAUAUUUUGAUGCACUGGAAUGGCACUGCUUUUGGAUUUUGGUGGGAAGCUGGAGUUGCUGAGUUGUACAAGAGUAAAGGAUCAUAUAUGUCAAGGAUAAGAGAAAUAAUUACAUCUCAAUUUGGGGGGAAUUGUCUUAUUCUUGAUGCAUAAUCUCUAUUUCACUGCUAUGUAUAAUUUUUUGCUUUUCUAGCAGUACCCUAUAUAUGGUAUGGCAAAUUUUGGGCUCA